AUGCGAUGGUGUAAGUGGAUUCCGGCGAAAUGCAAUGUGUUCAUGUGGCGUGCUUGGUUAGAUCGCAUUCCUACGAAGGUGGCGUUAUCCAAAAGGAACAUAAAUGUAGGAAAUAAUCUUUGCGUCUUGUGUGACGAAGCGGAAGAAACUGUGGACCAUGUGUUUGCCGGUUGUCGGUUUACUGAUGGUAUUUGGAAUGGUGUGGCUAGUUGGUGUCGAAUUCCCCAUUUAUUUCUGUUUUCGUUACAUGAUGUGCAGAACGUCAAUGAUCAAUUGGGUUAUUCUUUGGUCAAGAAAGAUAUCAUUCUGGGGAUUAUGAUGAUAGCUUGUUGGAGAAUUUGGAAGAUGAGGAACGAAAAAGUGUUUAAAGCGGCAAAUGCGAUCACUACUCAAGUGCUUUCGGACAUUAAGUCCCUAAGCUUUCUUUGGUUUAAUAGUAGAAGGAAAUCGGCUAGAGUAGGAUGGAAGGAAUGGCAAUCGUUCUCUUUUGAUGUAAUGUAA